GAGAUCAAGUGUAUAGAUGCAACGUAAGGAUAAAGUCAUAGAAGAGAUAGUCACAUAACACAAAAAUGAUUCUAUUUUUAGGGCUUUGGAAGCUCUGAUCAACUUUGCAUAUUCUGGAAAAGUUACAUUAGAUAAAAAUAAUGUACAAAGUAUUAUGAUAGGUGCUUCAUAUCUUCAACUAAAUAAAGUUAGAGAUGCCUGUGCUAACUAUCUGUUGCAAAGGAUUCAUCCACAAAAUGCAUUAGGCUUCAGACACUUUGCUGAGUCAUUAGGAUGUUCAACAUUGGCAGAUUCUGCAGAAAAAUACAUAGAAUCUUACUUCCAUGAAGUGUCACAGCAUGAGGAAUAUUUAAAUUUAUCCUUGAAUCAAGUAAAGGAUAUGUUAAGCAAGAAUGAUCUCAGAGUAGAAAGUGAGGAGCAAGUAUUUGAAGCCUGCAUGAGAUGGGUGAAACAUGAUAUAGAAAGAAGGAAGGAGCACUUGCCAGAAUUAUUAUCUUUAGUACGUUUGCCAUUAUUAACGCCAUUAUACAUUACAGACCGUGUUAGGAAUGAAGAACAAAUUAGAUAUUCAAUACAGUGCAGGGAUCUAGUAGAUGAAGCCCUAACAUUUCACUUGAUCCCAGAAAGAAGAGCUUUGAUUCAGAGUUUUAGAACAGAACCAAGAGUGUCUGACAUAAAGGGGUAUAUCUAUGUUGUUGGAGGCCUCAACAGGCAUGGUGAUUCGCUGUCCACUGUUGAAUACUACGAUCCUAAACUAGACAAGUGGACCAUGGCUCCACCAAUGACUAUGAUGAGGUCAAGAUUAGGUGUAGCAGUAUUAAAAAGCAAAUUGUACGCCUUUGGAGGCUAUAAUGGGAAAGAUAGACUUUCUAGUGUUGAAGUUUAUGAUGCCAUCAGAAGGGAGUGGUCCAUGGUUACUCCUAUGAUCUGCAAAAGAAGUGCAUUAGGUGCAACAGCUUUAGGCGACAUAAUCUACGUUUGUGGCGGAUAUGAUGGUGUAACAUCCUUAAAUUCUGUGGAAAGGUAUCAUCCAAGUACAAAUUCGUGGUGUUCAUUGGCUCCUAUGAACAAGUCAAGAAGCGCGGGCGCUGUGAUAGCUUGUCAAGGAUACAUUUAUGCAUUAGGAGGUCAUGAUGGCUUGUCCAUAUUCGACUCUGUUGAGAGGUAUAACCCUGCUACCAAUACCUGGACCGAGGCGCCACCUAUGCUGACAAGGAGAUGUAGAUUAGGCGUUGCAAUGCUAGGAGGAAAACUGUACGCUUGUGGAGGAUAUGACGGUAGUUCGUUUUUGCAAACUGUUGAAAUGUUUGAUCCUAACACAAACAAGUGGCAGUACGUAGCUCCAAUGAAUGCCCAACGAAGCCGAGUGGCCUUGACGGCCAACAUGGGCAAACUGUGGGCCGUAGGAGGGUACGACGGCAUCUCCAACUUGGUCACGGUCGAAGUGUACGACCCUAAAGCGGACAAAUGGACCUACGCUGCAGAUAUGAUCGCCCAUGAGGGUGGGGUGGGCCUAGGAGUCAUUUCUAUACCAUGAAUAUUAAAAAUAUGCCAUAUUUUGAGAGCAGUCUGAGUUUUUAUUCUUAGGUAAUUUAAUCAAAAAGGUUGUUUUAAGGAGAAUGAACUUUUAGGAUGGAUUCUGCGAAAUUUGAGGUAUUAGUAAGUAGCAGGGUAUUCUGGAUUACUAUCAAAAUCUCUGCAGAUGUUUAUUAUGCAAACAUAGAUGAGUAUACCUAAAUGGUCGACAUUUGUUUUAUGCGUUUCCGUACUAUUGCUAAAGAAAAAAUAUCUACAUUCGUGUACCUUGAUGUUGAACGCGAGAAUGGGGUAUAAUAUUUAAAAAAAUUCACUCAUGGAUUUUACAAUCUUUUGAAUCAGAUGAUGUUUUUGAUGGGUUCCAUAUCACUCGUCCGGAAGAAAAGUGACAUAAAUCAAAAAGCUGCAUUGUUAGGAAAACACGAUUUAAAGUUCUUGCCAUUAUUUCUGCAACAUUUCAAUAGUAAGUGUUAAGGCGCAAUUCCACUGAUGCAACAAUGAACGACAUGUGGCAUGCUACUUGUUUCCCAGUGUUGCCUCUUAUUGAUGUUCGACAGUGUUGCCCAAAAUUCUAUUAAUGCCGCAUGCGGAUUUUGUUCCCCUAUGUGACAUGCGCUUUGUCGUACAUGAGUGUAGCAUGCGUCUUCACGAUUCAAUUCAAGCAACUCCAGUUUAGUACGCCAUGUCAUUACAGACAGUCGCGGCGGCUACUUAUUUAGUAAUUUCUUCGGAUCGGAAAAGAAAACGAAAAACGCCAGAAUAUUGGAGAAGAAAUAUAUACGUAGAUGGUCAAGAAAUUCAGUACAAUUUUUACAACAACUGGGUGGCUGACGAUGAUGCUUUAUUCCGAAAUUUCACACGGAUGAGUAGAGACGAUUUUCACUACUUACUUGAAAAAAAUCUUGCCUAUGGUAAAAAAAUGUGAUACCAACUUUCGGGAAACAAUAACGCCCCGCGUGAGAUUGCUAGUAACAUUAAGAUAUUUGGCUACGGGUACGCUUAUGUAUCUCUUUCGGAUAUCUGAACCAAGCAAUUUCCAAUACUGAACAGUUGUAUUUUCCUAUUUAAAGAAAUCAACCCUUUAAUAAUUAAGUCAACUAUGGAAAGAAAAUGAGAAGAUGUUUCCUUCUUGUCCCCCUAAAACCACAACCAACCGCAGAUUGUACUGUUUCGGGCUCAUUAGUCCUCGUCAGUGCGGUAUAGGUCUGCUCGUCCGCUAUUGGUAAGUCAAGGAGACAGCUGGACAAGAAGCAAACAAUCGUUUACGUCUAAAAGACUGAAGGUACUGUACGCUAGCAAGUGGCCGUAGCCACCAACAAUUUUUGCCUCCUGUAAUUUAUCCUACUUUAGUCGUGCAUCUUUAUACCUUCCGAUUUGUUAUUCCAUAAAUCAUCCGGAUUAUGAUAAUCUUCGAUUAAAGAUAAUGAUUCUUCAUUGGUCCACUCCAUUUUGUCGCCUGCUUCAAGCCGCACCGAUCCGAACGGGUUUGGAUAACCGGCGACACUGAUCAACACGUGGGUUCAUGUCGCUGACGGCGCCCUCGGCAGGCAACAAAGGGCAAAUUGGGGCAUGCGGCAAGCAGAUAUUGUUUUGUCGCUUUGUGAUGCCUCUAUGCUACAUGUUGUCCAAAAGUUUCCUCAGUGGAAUUGCGCCUUUACAAUCUAUCUGAGUUCUUUAGUUUAAACCAUAUGAGCCUUUCCUGGUGAAAAUAGACUAUAUUUUAUGGCUUUUCCACGACUCAACACUUAACUAAAAAACUAAAUUUUUCGUAUUGGGCCAUUUUUCUUCCAGAUGAUCAAUGUUUUCACUCAUUACUGCUCUUGUUUAUUUUAUGUUCACAUUGGAUGGAUCAGUGGAGAAUGUAAGGAGAGCGGUGAAAAAUACAAGAGAGUAUUUUGCCGCGACAAAAGUAAAAUAAAACGUACUUUUCUGCACUAUUUUUAAAACUUCAGUAUUUUAGAAAUCCCAAUAUCAAUAAAACUUGUAUUGUUUGCACGUUUAAAAUAUGUAUAUAACUUUGUAAAUUUACCCAAAGUUGCACAAAACAAUUAGAAGUACCAAUUUUUGUUAUGCCUUACGUCUUAUUGUUAAAACUGCUUGUUCAGUCUCAAUUCAUGAUACAAUCGUCCUUUUUCAUCACUUGAUUGCCAGAAGUAAAAUCAACAGAAAGUUGAUUUUUUUUCUGUUGAUUUGUGUAUCAACCUGCUCAAGGAAAAUACUGCGUCUGUAUGCUUGAUGAUCACAUGACGUCGAAUAUCACAAAAACUAAAUGUUGCAUGACGACUUGGCUGCAAGUAAAACGUACGAGUGACAUGAAUGUCUACGCCAGCAGUUAGUGAUUGAUUUUUAUGUCUCAUAAUUAUAAAUAUUCAUUUUUGAAAAUAAAUUUGGACUGUGUUACUUGUUAUAUAUUUAUUGGCGAUGUUUUUCGCAAUAUGGGUACUAAAGUUACUCCUCAUACUUCGAUUUUAAAUAUAUAUCCGAGGUGUCAUUUAAAUAUUUAUGUGGGUAAACUUCGAGAGGUUUGUUGUUUUCCAGAAAAAAGUUUCUAUAUUAUAGUUUCGGUAGUGCUUCGUUCUCAAGCAAUUUUUUUUUGUCGUUCAAUCGUGAAAAUCUCAAUCCUUUAACCGGUAUUAUGAAAUUUGUUGAAACUUGCUCUGCACGGACAUAAAACAGCUGAGGAGGUUUUAUGAAAAGAUGGUUGAAUCUUGACAUACGAUACUCAAUUGAACUUCUCUAGGUAACAUUUGGCCAUGGUAUUUCAUAAGGUUUUUAAGCGUCUAGUUUAUAUUUGAAGGUGUAGAGAAGCGAAAAGCAAUGUAUCUAGGAUUAUUAAUGUUACACUGAUGAUUCCAGAUGAUGGUGUUGGUAUUUAUUAAGUUAUAUUUGGUAGUUCGCUAUAAUAAACUUAUCAGUGUGACAUAGUAUCACAGGUGCAAAAUAAUAUACAGGGUGAGUUUUUAGUGUGGGCUCGGUAGAUAUCUUCAUUAUUUUUUUAUACUCCAGAUACCAGGAAGGCCUGAAGCCUAAGCACCCAUGGGGUACCGUUUGGCUAUAGGGGGAUACAGGGGAAAAGGCGGGGACGCAACACGGACUCUAGCGAGGGAAUACGUGUGCAUGCAGCAUUGGCCCCGCCUAUGAGUUCCGCCGGGUGGUAUUUCCGCGUACGACAGUCGGAGACCGUUUAUCACCUACGGACAGUCGCAACAUCCAUAGCCAAGAGAAAAAUCUGUCUUGGGACGGGAUACGAACCCUCGCAGCGCACGGCGACUGAUCAGGAGACGAAGCGUCUAUCACUGCGGCGACCGCUGCUGCCUGUUACGAAUGGUGUCUAAAAAAGUUGAUCACAAAAAUUGUAGCAGUGUGCUCCUUACUUGGAUUUUUUUUCAACAGGGUGAUUCAUAAUUACGUGGUGAUCCAAACAUGGCCUACAUUUUAUUACAGAUUCGGGUAGGCGUUUCCAAACGAAGCAUUAUGAUAUAUUAUACUAUAUCUUUCGAGAAAAAAAACACUCAACUUUGACAAUUUGCACCUCUUCAACUGUUGCAGGUAGCAAACUGAAUUGUUCGUCAGAAAAAUUUUAUGAUCCCAUAUUUUAUCACUAUAUACUUACAUUUUCAAUCUUUUUGUAGGUUUAUACAGGUUGGUCUAGAACGCAAAAUGAACAAUUGAAUUGAAUUCAACAUCCUGUAUAAAGAUACUUAUAUCUUUACACACUAUCUGAUUACACUUUUCACAGCCUUUUUUGCGAUAUAAGAUUUAUAGGUUUCGUACAACUGUUUUUUGAGUUACUAAAAUACAGGGACACCUCCUUUCUACUUUGUUGCAUAUAUGCUUAAAAUAAAGAAAAUGCACAAUUUUAACCAUCUGCAGUUUCUAAUUGAAUGCUGUUUUAUUUUGAAAGGGUUUGUAAUAUAUCAUAUCAUGAUAUCCGAUUUACAAAAACGUUCAUUGUAACUCAAAAACCAUGGGUACAAAGUCCCAUAUUGAAAAAAAAACCUGUGAAAAGGGGAAUCAAAUGGUGUGAAAAUAUUUAGGGUGUUUCAUUUCAAAAUUUUGAGAAAUCGUUCGAUUUGGGUGUAGUGUAUCGAAAGAACUGAGUAAGUUUAUAUGAAGAAAAUGUCGGGUCACAAAAAUCUUCUGAUGAAAAAUUCAGAAGUCUAGCGGUAGCAGUUGCGGAGGUGAAGUUGAAGUUGUGUUUUUUCGAAAAAUUGUCCAAUAUCUCAACAAAUUAGAAAUAAUAUAUAUAGUAUCAAAUUGCGUCGAUUGAAAUGGCCUAUCCGAAUCUGCAAUAAAAAGCAGGUUUCUCCAUUUCAAAAAUUUAUGUUUGAGCCACCACGUAGUUAUGUAUCACCAUGUAGAAAUAAAAAUGUUUCCCAUGUAAAGCACACUGAUGCCUACAAUUUUUGUAAUCAACUUUUCUAACUAGAUGUCAAGCGUAAUAACGGGGUUAUCGACCGAGCACACACUAAAAACUCACCCUGUAUAUCUUAGAUUCCAUAGGUUGUGGAAGAUAUUCAAAUACAUUUUCCAUUGAAGAUAUAUUUUUGUAAUUCCUUUCAAAUAAUAUAUAGGGUGCUUUUUACUAAAUUUGCCACUAAUACCAAGCAUUUUAAACGGAUCUAAAUCCAAGCAAAAUGAACCAAUUCCUCAUCUUGCUUUUUACUUAUAAUAAUUACUGCGUAUAAAACUAGUUGAUUGCUAUAAGACUGUGUUAUUGCCAUUUAAUGUUUUUAAUUUUAGUUUUAAAUCCUGCUAAUUUUAUUUUUAGCCAUGUUAUUUCAUUGCAAUAUUUUGUAGAGAUUGCACUACUACAUAUAUAUGAAUAUUUGAAAAAGAAAAAUCCAACUUUUGUGAUAUUUUGAAUCUUAUUUUCUGUACAUAUUGUAUCAACCUU